AUGGUCAGGAAGCGGCGGAAACCGCGAGGAAGCGGGGCAUUUCAUCUUCCAGGUCCUCCUCCACUUCUAGUACUUCCGGGAAGGCAGCAUUUUGCCCAACAACAGACCACUGCCAACACCAAUCCUCAGCACGAUGUUCUACCCCCUUCUGAUCCGAAAAAAUUCAAUCAGUGGCAACGCUGGUCAAACGAAGUGAUUCCUUCCCUAAUCGGUCCAUACCUCAAAUAUCAACGUGAAUCCUCCUCGCUCUGUCAUCGGCCUGGACUUCAAAGUGGUGAUGUCCAGUGUAGAGCUUCAUGCCACAGGAGGACUUUAGAAGUGACUUGUGUUUUCUUCGAUUAUCUAGAGGUCUUGAACAUUGACUGCUGCCCCUGCGCACCCGCACCCCUUCAACUUCUUAGGUUGGGGCUAUUUGCCUGUGCACCCAUAGCUCCAUCGCUUGCGGUCGACCUAUGUGUACUAGAGCUUGUUAGGACUCUUUUUGUACGGGUCACCCCUAAUACGACAGCCUGGUGUGAAGCGUUGGAAGUCUUUUUAACAGGUCGAGGUUACAAACUUUCUACGAAGGACAAUCUUCGCCGCCGCUUCAGCAACGCUUAUCAUUGGUACUCUGUCCUUGUGACGAAUGCUGGAGACCACAUAUAUGGCCUCAUCUCACAACAUCUUCCUUCGCGUUCUUCAGCAGACGAAGUCUUGCCUAUACAACCAAGCGACUAUCUACGUUCACGUUGUCCAGUCUGUUUUGGCAUGCAGGACUGGCAAAAGGAUCAUAGUUCUCGUCUUAAACUAGAUUGCCAUGUAUGCAUAGAUGCAUGCUUCACACAGAAACGGUCAGCCAGUCCACGUGGGGCCAAUGGCCUAGAUCCACCAAACCCAACUCGUUCGGUCUUUAUUUCAGACGAGGAGGUCGCACGGAUGGAAGCUCACGUACUUGCCUGUCGAGGCUCCCUACCUGGUCGUGGAACGAAACGCAAGAAGCCCGAAGGCGACGAAGAUGGGUAUGAAGAUGGUAUGCGCAUCCCUAUAUCGACGUUGGAUGCCUGCAGAGAAUCUUUUCUUGCUGCAGACGAAAAACGAGAGAAGGCUAGCACACAUUUUUUUGCCGAUACGGGAGUCAUGGCCUUGCUUUGUCGUCAUAAUUGCGUGUUAUGGUUGGUCAAUAUGACAUCAGCAGGUGAAAAGCAAUAUUACGCCCUUGCGCUUAUAAAAAAACUCUUCGAACAUCUUCCGCCAUCCAUGACCGUCGGUAUCUUGUAUGAUAUUGCAUGUCAGCUCGAGCGUAGCUGUCUCAAAUAUCGACUUCUCGAGGAUGCUAUUCUCUCUCGCAUCACAUUCUCUAUAUCUGUGUUUCACGCGUACGGUCAUCAGUGGCCUUGUCAACUGCUUUAUCACCCUCGCAAAUGUGAAGGGUUCGGACUCUCUGAUGGAGAGGGCUGCGAGCGCUUGUGGAGCGCUCUCAAGCUCUUGAUUCCCCCCUUGCGUGUGUCUGGGUACCACCAACGUCUUUUUGUCCUCAAUGCGCAAGUUCGGCACCUUGACGGAAAAAAUCUCGAUACCUUUGGUGAGUGGCUGAGUCGUAGAUGGACUCGUUGCCAGACAAAGAAGAGCGAUGCGGAAGAUGCGCUACGACAACUGUCCGUGGAUGAGGCCAAUAUACGCCUGGAAUGGAGGGCUCAGGUCGAGCACCAAACGAAACCAUUGUCCAAGAGAUCAAAAACCAACAAUGACGAGCAAAUAUCGAAGAUCUUGGCCCUCGAGCGAACACUCAGCAAUCUGGACGAAUCCCUCCGUGCGCUCGAGACGCAGCUUUGCGCUGGCAACGUUCCGAACAUCUUGGACUUCAACACUCGACUUUCCGAUGAACGAGCCCACCGGUCCAGGGUCGCCGAUACCCUGCGACGAUGGAAAGCGGCCCUCGGCAUUGGACAACUUGCCGACCUUCAACAACUCCGACGUAGUAUAUUCCUUCAAGUUCGUCUCGAUGCACACGCUGUCAAGACGCGUAUUCGUGAACGUCUUCGUCAGCGCAAAUUCGAGAUCGAGAGGUUCGAACGGUCUUACCGUCAGACGGUAAAUGAGCACAAGCUUCACGCACAUGCCGAAGCUUCAAUUCAACGGCGCAACCCUACAAUACGCAAGCUCGUCACGACUUACAACAGCCUCUGUAGCAAACUCAUUGACUUGAUUCGACGAGGCGAAGCUCCUGCCGGCGCUAUACCACCUCAUUCCAUCUCUCCGACCGGUAUCUUUCAGCUCGACGUGGAUGACGAUAUCUGGCAAGAUGCUGGACUUGAUUCCUAUACUUUGGCUCCGCCUGGCUGGCUAGCGGAUGAAAACACACGUGCAGCCAUUAAGUUCCAACUUGAGGUGGACCGGUGCACUGAGGAAGGGGCUCGUAUCAUGCGAGAGUGUUGUGCUCUCCAGGAGUGGAUGAUGGCUGAGUGGGAUGCCUUACAAGAGGCUCGCACUCAUGCAGACGAGAACGAAGAUCUCUGCUUUCAUUUUGACCUCCGUGCUCGCUUUUUGAGUGGUCUUGUUGUGCAUUGGCAAUCUCAAGUUCGUCCUAUCCCUUGUGCUUGGCCAUUGCCUGACUCAUGGGGUCCCAUCGAAAAUGACCUUGCCGAGGCUGCUAAUACAUACUAUCAACCAAGCCGUCUUGAUGGGACAGCUGUUAUGGAUGAUUCUGAGAACGACUGGGAGUCUGAAGAUGAGAGGGAGAAUGAUGAAUUGAUAGAUCAAUUGGAGGAAGCUGCAUUGGCUGAGACAUACAGGGAUCAUGAAUUGGACUAG